AUGUCAGUCAAACCAACACCAUCCGACCUCCCAAUCCACCCCUUCCCAUCCGCCAAGGAAUUCGAAUCCUUUCUCGAGCGCGAACAUUCCACCGCCACAGGCUUCUACCUCAAGCUUGCCAAGAAAGCAUCAGGCAUUCCAUCAGUCUCUGCCGCCGAGGCCGUCGAAGUGGCACUAUGCUUCGGUUGGAUUGAUGGACGAGCUAAUCCGUUCGACAAGGAUUGGUGGCUGGUGCGAUACACGCCGCGACGGGCGAAGAGUAUCUGGUCACAGAAGAACGUCCAGACCGUGGGACGCUUGAUCGAUGAAGGCAAAAUGCGACCCGCAGGAUUGGCAGUCGUCGAGGCUGCGAAGAAAGAUGGACGCUGGGCUCGUGCUUAUAGUGGACCGGCGAAUAUGACAGUCCCCGAUGAUCUUGCUGCCGCGUUAGCUGCCGAACCUACCGCGGCCAAUUUUUUCGAGGGAUUGAACAAGACGGAUCGCUAUGCGGUGCUGUGGCGGGUAGAAACUGCUUCUCCGAAAGUGCGAACUAAACGAAUUGAAUCGUUAGUGCAGGUGCUGGCGGAGGGCAAGAAGCCCGGGGAAUCGGCAAAGGCGACCCAGAAGCGGAAAGCCAGCGCUGAUGUAGACGAAGAAAGUUCCAAGAAAGAGGUUUCUGUUCCGGAAAGUAAAGCAAGACAGCCUCGACGUGCUGGACUUCGCAAUCGGAAGUGA